AUGUCCUCUAGCGAAACUCCUACAUCCGCAUCUACUGCGUCUACCACAGCAUCGUCUUCCAGCGAAGCGACCACCACCAUGUCCUCCAGUGAAGCGACCACCACCAUGUCCUCUAGCGGAGCACCUACAGAUACAUCCGCAUCUACUGCGUCUACCACAGCAUCGUCUUCCAGCGAAGCAACCACCGCUAUGUCCUCUAGCGAAACUCCUACAUCCGCAUCUACCGAGUCUACCACAGCUUCGUCUUCCAGUGAAGCGACUACCACCAUGUCCUCCAGUGAAGCGACCACCGCUAUGUCCUCUAGCGAAACUCCUACAUCCGCAUCUACUGCGUCUACCACAGCAUCGUCUUCCAGCGAAGCGACCACCACCAUGUCCUCCAGUGAAGCGACCACCGCCAUGUCCUCUAGCGGAGCUCCUACAGAUACAUCUGCAUCUACUGCGUCUACCACAGCAUCGUCUUCCAGCGAAGCAACCACCACCAUUGAAGCGACCACCACCACAUCCUCCAGUGAAGCGACCACCAUCAUGUCCUCUAGUGGAGCUCCUACAUCCGCAUCUACCGAGUCCACCACAGCAUCGUCUUCCAGCGAAGCGACCACCACCAUGUCCUCCAGUGAAGCGACCACCGCUAUGUCCUCUAGCGAAACUCCUACAUCCGCAUCUACUGAGUCUACCACAGCAUCGUCUUCCAGCGAAGCGACCACCACCAUGUCCUCCACAACCACCGCUAUGUCCUCUAGCGAAACUCCUACAUCCGCAUCUACCGAGUCUACCACAGCAUCGUCUUCCAGCGAAGCGACCACCAUCACAUCCUCCAGUACAGCGACAGAUACAUCUGCUUCUACCGAGUCUACCACAGCAUCGUCUUCCAGCGAAGCGACCACCACCAUGUCCUCCAGUGAAGCGACCACCGCUAUGUCCUCUAGCGAAACUCCUACAUCCGCAUCUACUGAGUCUACCACAGCAUCGUCUUCCAGCGAAGCGACCACCACCAUGUCCUCCAGUACAGCGACAGAUACAUCUGCUUCUACCGAGUCGACAACAGCAUCGUCUUCCAGCGAAGCGACCACCACCAUGUCUUCCAGUGAAGCAACCACCGCCAUGUCCUCUAGCGAAACUCCUACAUCCGCAUCUACCGAGUCCACCACAGCAUCGUCUUCCAGCGAAGCGACCACCACCAUGUCCUCCAGUACAGCGACAGAUACAUCUGCUUCUACCGAGUCUACCACAGCAUCGUCUUCCAGCGAAGCGACCACCACCAUGUCCUCCAGUGAAGCGACCACCGCUAUGUCCUCUAGCGAAACUCCUACAUCCGCAUCUACCGAGUCUACCACAGCAUCGUCUUCCAGCGAAGCGACCACGACCAUGUCCUCCAGUGAAGCGACCACCGCUAUGUCCUCUAGCGGGGCUCCUACAGAUACAUCCGCAUCUACUGCGUCUACCACAGCAUCGUCUUCCAGCGAAGCGACCACCACCAUGUCCUCCAGUGAAGCGACCACCGCUAUGUCCUCUAGCGGAGCUCCUACAGAUACAUCCGCAUCUACCGAGUCCACCACAGCAUCGUCUUCCAGCGAAGCGACCACCGCCACAUCCUCCAGUACAGCGACAGAUACAUCUGCUUCUACCGAGUCUACCACAGCAUCGUCUUCCAGCGAAGCGACUACCACCAUGUCCUCCAGUGAAGCGACCACCGCCAUGUCCUCUAGCGAAACUCCUACAUCCGCAUCUACCGCGUCUACCACAGCAUCGUCUUCCAGCGAAGCAACCACGAUCAUGUCCUCCAGUGAAGCGACCACCGCCAUGUCCUCUAGCGGAGCUCCUACAGAUACAUCCGCAUCUACCGAGUCUACCACAACAUCGUCUUCCAGCGAAGCGACCACCGCCAUGUCCUCUAGCGGAGCACCUACAGAUACAUCCGCAUCUACCGAGUCUACCACAGCAUCGUCUUCCAGCAAAGCGACCACCACCACAUCCUCCAGUGAAGCGACCACCGCUAUGUCCUCUAGCGGAGCACCUACAGAUACAUCCGCAUCUACCGAGUCUACCACAGCAUCGUCUUCCAGCGAAGCGACCACCACCAUGUCCUCCAGUGAAGCGACCACCGCUAUGUCCUCUAGCGGAGCACCUACAGAUACAUCCGCAUCUACCGAGUCGACCACAGCAUCGUCUUCUAGCGAAGCGACCACCACCAUGUCCUCCAGUGAAGCGACCACCGCCAUGUCCUCUAGCGAAACUCCUACAUCCGCAUCUACCGAGUCUACCACAGCUUCGUCUUCCAGCGAAGCGACCACCACCACAUCGUCCAGUGAAGCGACCACCGCCAUGUCCUCUAGCGGAGCACCUACAGAUACAUCCGCAUCUACCGAUGAAGCGACCACCGCUAUGUCCUCUAGCGGAGCUCCUACAGAUACAUCCGCAUCUACCGAGUCGACCACAGCAUCGUCUUCCAAUACAUCCGCAUCUACCGAAUCGACCACAGCUUCGUCUUCCAGCGAAGCGACCACCACCAUGUCCUCCAGUGAAGCGACCACCGCCAUGUCCUCUAGCGAAACUCCUACAUCCGCAUCUACCGAGUCUACCACAGCUUCGUCUUCCAGCGAAGCGACCACCACCACAUCCUCCAGUGAAGCGACCACCGCCAUGUCCUCUAGCGGAGCUCCUACAGAUACAUCCGCAUCUACCGAGUCGACCACAGCAUCGUCUUCCAGCGAAGCAACCACCGCUAUGUCCUCCAGUGAAGCGACCACCGCCAUGUCCUCUAGCGAAACUCCUACAUCCGCAUCUACCGAGUCUACCACAGCUUCGUCUUCCAGCGAAGCGACCACCACCACAUCCUCCAGUGAAGCGACCACCGCUAUGUCCUCUAGCGGAGCACCUACAGAUACAUCCGCAUCUACCGAGUCGACCACAGCAUCGUCUUCCAGCGAAGCGACCACCACCAUGUCCUCCAGUGAAGCGACCACCGCCAUGUCCUCUAGCGAAACUCCUACAUCCGCAUCUACCGAGUCUACCACAGCUUCGUCUUCCAGCGAAGCGACCACCACCACAUCCUCCAGUGAAGCGACCACCGCCAUGUCCUCUAGCGGAGCUCCUACAGAUACAUCCGCAUCUACCGAGUCGACCACAGCAUCGUCUUCCAGCGAAGCAACCACCGCUAUGUCCUCCAGUGAAGCGACCACCGCCAUGUCCUCUAGCGAAACUCCUACAUCCGCAUCUACCGAGUCUACCACAGCAUCGUCUUCCAGCGAAGCGACCACCACCACAUCCUCCAGUGAAGCGACCACCGCCAUGUCCUCUAGCGGAGCACCUACAGAUACAUCCGCAUCUACCGAGUCUACCACAGCUUCGUCUUCCAGCGAAGCGACUACCACCAUGUCCUCCAGUGAAGCGACCACCGCUAUGUCCUCUAGCGAAACUCCUACAUCCGCAUCUACCGAGUCUACCACAGCAUCGUCUUCCAGCGAAGCGACCACCACCAUGUCCUCCAGUGAAGCGACCACCGCUAUGUCCUCUAGCGAAACUCCUACAUCCGCAUCUACCGAGUCUACCACAGCAUCGUCUUCCAGCGAAGCGACUACCACCAUGUCCUCCAGUGAAGCGACCACCGCCAUGUCCUCUAGCGAAACUCCUACAGAUACAUCCGCAUCUACCGAGUCCACCACAGCAUCGUCUUCCAGCGAAGCGACCACCAUCACAUCCUCCAGUACAGCGACAGAUACAUCUGCUUCUACCGAGUCUACCACAGCAUCGUCUUCCAGCGAAGCGACCACCACCAUGUCCUCCAGUGAAGCGACCACCGCUAUGUCCUCUAGCGAAACUCCUACAUCCGCAUCAACCGAGUCUACCACAGCAUCGUCUUCCAGCGAAGCGACCACCACCAUGUCCUCCAGUGAAGCGACCACCGCCAUGUCCUCCAGCGAAACUCCUACAUCCGCAUCUACCGAGUCCACCACAGCAUCGUCUUCCAGUGAAGCGACCACCACCACAUCCUCCAGUACAGCGAUAGAUACAUCUGCUUCUACCGAGUCUACCACAGCAUCGUCUUCCAGCGAAACGACCACCACCAUGUCCUCCAGUGAAGCGACCACCGCUAUGUCCUCCAGCGAAACUCCUACAUCCGCAUCUACCGAGUCCACCACAGCAUCGUCUUCCAGCGAAGCGACCACCACCAUGUCCUCUAGCGGGGCUCCUACAGAUACAUCCGCAUCUACUGCGUCUACCACAGCAUCGUCUUCCAGCGAAGCGACCACCACCAUGUCCUCUAGCGGAGCACCUACAGAUACAUCCGCAUCUACCGAGUCCACCACAGCAUCGUCUUCCAGCGAAGCGACCACCACCAUGUCCUCUGGCGGAGCACCUACAGAUACAUCCGCAUCUACCGAUUCCACCACAGCAUCGUCUUCCAGCGAAGCGACCACCAUCAUGUCCUCUAGCGGAGCACCUACAGAUACAUCCGCAUCAACCGAGUCUACCACAGCAUCGUCUUCCAGCGAAGCGACCACCACCACAUCCUCCAGUACAGCGACAGAUACAUCUGCUUCUACCGAGUCUACCACAGCAUCGUCUUCCAGCGAAGCGACUACCACCAUGUCCUCCAGUGAAGCGACCACCGCCAUGUCCUCUAGCGAAACUCCUACAUCCGCAUCUACCGAGUCUACCACAGCAUCGUCUUCCAGCGAAGCGACCACCAUCACAUCCUUCAGUACAGCGACAGAUACAUCUGCUUCUACCGAGUCUACCACAGCAUCGUCUUCCAGCGAAGCGACCACCACCAUGUCCUCCACAUCGUCUUCCAGCGAAGCGACUACCGCCAUGUCCUCCAGUGAAGCGACCACCGCUAUGUCCUCUAGCGGAGCACCUACAGAUACAUCCGCAUCUACCGAGUCCACCACAGCAUCGUCUUCCAGCGAAGCGACCACCACCACAUCCACCAGUACAGCGACAGAUACAUCCGCAUCUACCGAGUCUACCACAGCAUCGUCUUCCAGCGAAUCGACCACCACCAUGUCCUCCAGUGAAGCGACCACCGCUAUGUCCUCUAGCGGAGCUCCUACAGAUACAUCGGCAUCUACCGAGUCUACCACAGCAUCGUCUUCCAGCGAAGCGACCACCACCAUGUCCUCCAGUGAAGCGACCACCGCCAUGUCCUCUAGCGAAACUCCUACAUCCGCAUCAACCGAGUCUACCACAUUAGCAUCGUCAUCAACAACCACUAUGUCCUCUAGUGGAGCACCUACAGAAACAUCUGCAUCUACCGAAUCUACCACAUUAGCUACGGAGUCUACCACAGCAUCUACUGCUUCUACCACGGCAUCUACCGCGUCUACCACAGUAUCUACCGAGUCUACCACGGUAUCAACCGCUUCUACCACCGUAUCUACAGCUUCUACUACAGCAUCUACCGCGUCUACCACAUCUUCAACAACCACUAUGUCUUCCAGUAUGUCAACCUCUAUAUCGAGUUCAUCUGUAACACCUUCGACAGUUUCGACGACUUCUUUCACAACGCUUCCUGUGACGGUUACUACCAUUUCUUCAUCCUCUGUUACUGCCACAGCUCAUCCUACCACACCUGGCCUUACAGUUUCGAUUCAUACGACCACUGCUAAACCAACUACAAGUAUUACUACUUCCAAACCGCAAUUGAUCGCGAAUCCUAGCGUUGACAACACUACAACAAGCAAGCGUAAAGCAUUCUGGUACCUGCCUAAUCUGUACCAUCAUAUGCCGAUGACGCGUUACACCUGGAAAAACCAUUUUGCCACCGUCAUAGGUAUUUCUGGGCCAUCUUUUGGGGGAUAUGAGAUUCAGAUGAGACGAAGAAGAAACUGCAAAUCCAUCCUCUCCAGCAACGACACCGUCUACAACAAUGUCUACCCCCUCCACAACGCCGACUACAUCAUCAUCAUCUACUGUAACGCUUCCAACUAUAUCGACACCAACCACUCCUUCUACAACACCGUCUACUACAAUGUCUACACCUUCAACAACGAAGUCUACGUCGUCAUCUUCUACAAUAACACUUCCAACCGUAACGACGCCAACCACUCCUUCUACAACACCGUCCACUACGAUGUCUACACCUUCAACAACGAAGUCUACGUCGUCAUCUUCUACAAUAACACUUCCAACCGUAACGACGCCAACCACUCCUUCUACAACACCGUCCACUACGAUGUCUACACCUUCAACAACGAAGUCUACGUCGUCAUCUUCUACAAUAACACUUCCAACCGUAACGACGCCAACCACUCCUUCUACAACACCGUCCACUACGAUGUCAACACCUUCAACAACGAAGUCUACGUCGUCAUCUUCUACAAUAACACUUCCAACCGUAACGACGCCAACCACUCCUUCUACAACACCGUCCACUACGAUGUCUACACCUUCAACAACGAAGUCUACGUCGUCAUCUUCUACAAUAACACUUCCAACCAUAACGACGCCAACCACUCCUUCUACAACACCGUCCACUACGAUGUCUACACCUUCAACAACGAAGUCUACGUCGUCAUCUUCUACAAUAACACUUCCAACCAUAACGACGCCAACCACUCCUUCUACAACACCGUCUACUACGAUGUCUACACCUUCAACAACGAAGUCUACGUCGUCAUCUUCUACAAUAACACUUCCAACCAUAACGACGCCAACCACUCCUUCUACAACACCGUCCACUACGAUGUCUACACCUUCAACAACGAAGUCUACGUCGUCAUCUUCUACAAUAACACUUCCAACCAUAACGACGCCAACCACUCCUUCUACAACACCGUCCACUACGAUGUCUACACCUUCAACAACGAAGUCUACGUCGUCAUCUUCUACAAUAACACUUCCAACCAUAACGACGCCAACCACUCCUUCUACAACACCGUCCACUACGAUGUCUACACCUUCAACAACGAAGUCUACGUCGUCAUCUUCUACAAUAACACUUCCAACCAUAACGACGCCAACCACUCCUUCUACAACACCGUCCACUACGAUGUCUACACCUUCAACAACGAAGUCUACGUCGUCAUCUUCUACAAUAACACUUCCAACCAUAACGACGCCAACCACUCCUUCUACAACACCGUCCACUACGAUGUCUACACCUUCAACAACGAAGUCUACGUCGUCAUCUUCUACAAUAACAAUUCCAACCAUAACGACGCCAACCACUCCUUCUACAACACCGUCCACUACGAUGUCUACACCUUCAACAACGAAGUCUACGUCGUCAUCUUCUACAAUAACACUUCCAACCAUAACGACGCCAACCACUCCUUCUACAACACCGUCUACUACGAUGUCUACACCUUCUACAACGAAGUCUACGUCGUCAUCUUCUACAAUAACACUUCCAACCAUAACGACGCCAACCACUCCUUCUACAACACUGUCCACUACGAUGUCUACACCUUCAACAACGAAGUCUACCUCGUCAUCUUCUACAAUAACACUUCCAACCAUAACGACUCCAACCACUCCUUCUACAACACCAAGCACUCCAUCUACCACGAUGUCGACAUCCUCUAG